CUGCAGCAGCUUUUUGAACAUGGGCAAGUCCAGCAAGAAAUCUGAUACUAAGGUUGCUGUGGCUACUCCUGUCACAGAUGUGAAGGCAUCUAAAAAGGGGGCUAAGAGGGAUGCAGGGGAUGCUUUGGAGAAAUUGGUGAGCGCCAAGAAGCAGAGGAAGGAAGUAGAGGUUAAGAAGAAGGUCCCUCCACCAAAGAAAGAAGAGUCCAGUUCUUCAGAAGAAGAAGAUUCUUCGUCCGAGGAUGAGAAACCAGCUGUUUCCAAGAAGGUACCUGCUGCAGCAGUGAAGAAGUCAGACUCUAGUGACGAGUCUUCUGAGUCUGAGAGUGACAGUUCUGAGGAUGACAAGGUUGCCAAACCUGUACCAAUUUCAAAGGCCACCGUGACUGCCUCAAAAGUGGUUCCAAGCAAUGGUUUAAAAAAGAAAGAAGCCAGCGAGAGCGAAUCAAGUGAUAGCUCAGAAAGUGAAUCUGAUUCAGACUCUGGCAAGAAAAAGGUGAGUGUCAUGCAUACUGUGAUGAAGUGCAACCACACAUUGAGUUCUAAAGAACUGGACUACAAUAAAUUUGUGAGAGAACCCACAAAUCACUAUGAUGAUAAAGAUUGGGAUAAGAACUUUAUCGAGUGGUUUCAAGCUCUAGUUUAUCAGAGUUAUCGAGAAGAUGAUGACUUACUUUCAUUAUCUCGUGGUCCAAGUAAGAUUGUUAAAUGUUUUACUGGAUUUGUCAUAAAUGGACAUCGAUUUCAUACAGAAAGUCGAGAUAAUUGUUUGUCAACUCAAAGUAGUGGGGUUGCAGUUGUUGGUGAUGCUGGUGAUGGUGGAGAUAUAGAUUAUUAUGGUGCUUUGGUUGAAGUUGUCGAAUUAGAGUAUCCUGGUAGAAGAAAGGUUGUUCUAUUUCGUUGUAAAUGGUGGGAUGUGCACGACAAAGGAAAAAUCCACCUCGUGGUAAUAAUAAGUGUCUAA